UCUUUGGUAAGUUGAGUGACGUAAAAGUCGAUAUCUGCGUUUAUGCUUUUUUCUUUUUUUCUGUAUUUUACCACCACUUCGUCCAUUUUCUCGACGAGAAAGAAAACCGAGACGAACCGAGGCUCCGCGUGCAGAUAGUAAGAAGCUGACAGGAAACGCCGUGGUUAUACAACGGGUGGUAAAAAACUUGAAAUAAGCGGUAUAAAUAAAGUAAAAAUUGAAAAUCUCAACAAAAUGACAUCGCAAGUGAAUGAUUUCUAUAACGGCAAGAAUAUUUUUUUAACUGGUGGAACUGGUUUUCUUGGUAUUUGUUUUGUUGAAAAGCUUCUUAGAUCUUGUCCGGAUUUGAAAAAUAUUUAUUUGCUUAUUAGACCGAAAAAGGGAAAGCAAAUUAAUGAGAGAUUGGAAGAACUAACACAAAAUUCGGUCUUUGAUAGAUUGAGAGAAGAAAAUAAAACAGAAUUAUUUAAGAAAUUAAUUGCUAUUUCUGGUGAUAUCGGCGAAGACAAUUUAGGUUUGUCUAACGAAGAUCGGUCGCAACUUAUAGAAAAUGUACAAAUUGUUGUACAUUCUGCUGCUACUCUGGAUUUUGAAGUUAGUUUAAAAAAUGCUGUUCUUAUUAACUUGUUAGGUACUCGAAGAGUUAUUCAGCUUUGUCAAGAAAUCAAGAAUCUUAAGGCUUUGGUACAUGUUUCCAGUGCUUAUGUUAAUUCAGUAUUAUAUGAUGUUCAAGAAAAAAUUUAUCCACCUCCAGAGGAUGUAAAUAAAGUAUUAAAAUUAGUAAAAGAACUGGAUGAUAAAGCAUUGGAAGAUGAAACUCCAAAACUAUUAGGGGAACAUCCAAAUUCAUAUACAUUUACCAAACAUUUAGCCGAGCACGAAGUAGCUAAUGCUCAUUUACCGUCUGCGAUAGUACGACCUUCAAUGAUUGUAGGAGCAUGGAAGGAACCAGUACCUGGAUGGACUAUAUCUAAAAAUGGGCCAACAGGCUUUCUUAUGGGUGCUAGUAAAGGAAUUGUGCGGAGAUUACCUAUUGCUAAAUCUUUGAUAUAUGAUUAUAUUCCAGUAGAUAUUGUUGUGAAUACUCUUAUUACUGCUGCUUAUGCUGUUAAUCGUGAUGGUGGAAAUAAUGUGAAAGUAUAUCAUUGUACAUCAAGUACGUGUAAUCCCUUUAAAUGGGAAUGCGUAGAAUCAAAAAUUACUCCAUUUCUACACAGAUAUCCAUUGAAGAGUGCCGUUUGGUAUCCGCAUCUCAAAAUUAUAAACUCGUUAUUUUUAUUUAGAAUUUCUGCCUUUUUUGUACACAUAAUUCCUGCAUUUAUUUUGGAUACAAUUACAAGAUUACUCGGAGGACGACCGAUAUUAAUACGUUUGCACAAUAACAUUAAUAAAUCACUAGACCGUCUUGAAAAGUUCAUUUUUACGGAAUGGAAGUUUAAUAAUCCAGUUUUUAUGGAUUUAAAAAAAUCUUUAUCUGAGGAAGAUAAAGAUAAAUUCUUUAUGAACAUUGAAUCAUUGGUUUGGGAGGAUUACUUUUUGAAUCUAGUUUUAGGUGUAAGAAUAUAUUUAAGUAAAGAUCCUAAGAAGACGCUCAAGAAAGCACGUUCAAAAAAUUUGAUAUUGAUGGUGGCUCAUCUAAGUCUACAAGCUCUAUUAUUAGGAUUUUUUUGGUGGGUUGUCAAAGUUCUGUUCAACUCAUCUUGGACAAAAACAAGCAUGGCUGUUCCAAUCAUAUAUUUUUUCUUCGAUCAACUUUAAGUAUAAUAGAAAGGUUAUUCUGUUAUUUGUUUAUAUAAUAUUUAAUCUGGGUAUGGUAUUUUACAUGAUGCAUGUUAUUCAUUUCUUAGCUUUUUAAAAUUACUUUGAUUAAAAUAAAGUUGCACAUUAGGAUACUUUUAUUUAUAUAUAAAGCUAUUCGUACAUGAUUAUAUUUAUGUUGAAACUUUUUGCUAUCAAAUGUAUGUACACGGGAUUACAUCAUAAUAAGGGCUCACUCGUAAGAUUAAAGAUAAAGACACGUAAUAACAUUUUGAUUUUUGAAAAAGAAAUUGUUUUCUUUUAUAAAAAUCAUGUCAAAAUAAAACAAAUAAUCUUUGAAUAAAAAUAAAAAUAGCUGUAAUGUGAGUGUAAAAAAAAAUGUUUUUUAUCAAUUUUUGUUUUUUAUCUUUUGGAUGAGUCCUUGAUCAUCGAAAUCCAACAAGAAUUGUGACCAAAAGAAUUUGUAGUUAUUUUAGUUCAAAAUAUCAUUAUAGUGGUUUCGCAUUUGUGUUAGACGAUUAAAUACUUGCACGCUAUAGAUUUUAUAUGCUUUGUAUUUUUAUAAUUCAAAGAAAUAUCUAUAUCUAUACUAUACCUAUACUAAUGCUAUAGUAAGGUACUACAAGAGCACCAUGAAAUACUCUUAAACCUAAUUCUAGAUCGAUUUUAAUAAUCAAGGAUUUGUGUAAAAGAUGAGAGAUGAAGACACAAGGUUCUUUAAAGAAAAUAAAUAUAUAUAUAUCUUUUUUUAACAAA